AUUUUUCUUCAGGGCUGCAGCGGUCCGAGUGCCCUUUUGUCUCUGUGUGACCUCAGGGGCAGGCCCUGGUGCAGAGCGUCGCCAAGGACGCCGGGAGAGAGGCGGGAUUGCCCAGAUCUCCUCCAGUGAAGUGCAUGUGUGUGUGCAAGACAUCCUUGGCUGUCGGGAGGCGGCGAAGACGGGUUGGGGCUGCUGCUGUGCCGCAGGAGUGGAGAGGCCCAGUGAGCUGAGCCCCUCAGCGCCGCCCGGCGCCCCCAGGACUGCGUGAACAACCGGUGCGCCCCCGCGUGCGCCAUGCCCAGUCUUUUCGAGGGCUCUGCUCUGGACCUGCCAGGCUCUUGCACCUUUUAGCUUGGGGGAGCCCACUUUGAUCAGGGCCACCAUUACUAUCGAAGUCCCCUCCUCAGCCUUGCACUUUGCCAACUGGAAUCGGAUUUUCUAGAGGGUCCUUGGGGUCAGAAGUCCUCGCUCAUCCUCAGGCAAGGGGCCCCUGCAUCUUUGAGGUCGUUUCGAGUAGGAACUCUUUUACCGCCAAGUUGAAAACGCGCUCUGUCCUCACAGCUGCAUCAGGGUCCCCUCGUAGCCUAACCCGGGCCUAUUGAUAUUCAGGACCUGAAGUUGCCCACCGAUCUGCUUUGCUCAAAAAGCGUGGAGAGUCGGGGAAAGGCGUGUGCUUCUGCCAGUUCUACUGCUUUAUAUUACUGUUCCAUAUUACUAUCUGUGCCCAGCGCCAGGCAUCGAGCCUCGGACACUGCCCAGUUCUCACUCAAUAGAGAGCUAAAGAGAAGUCCCUCAAAGCAAGGAUCCUGUUGGGGAAGAUGAGCAGCAUUGGCUGGCAAACACUGUCCCUGUCGCUGGGGUUAGUGUUGUCGAUUUUGAACAAGGUGGCGCCGCAGGCGUGCCCGGCCCAGUGCUCCUGUUCAGGCAGCACGGUGGACUGUCAUGGGUUGGCACUACGCAGCGUGCCCAGGAAUAUCCCCCGCAACACCGAGAGACUGGAUCUGAAUGGUAAUAACAUCACAAGGAUUACGAAGACAGACUUUGCUGGUCUCAGGCACCUCAGAGUUCUUCAGCUCAUGGAGAACAAGAUCAGCACCAUUGAGAGGGGAGCUUUCCAGGAUCUGAAGGAGCUGGAGAGACUGCGUUUAAACAGAAAUAACCUUCAGUUGUUUCCUGAGCUGCUAUUUCUUGGGACUGCGAAGCUCUACCGGCUGUAAUGCUUUCUGAAGAAUAAUAUCAUUUUAAAGUUUUAGCUACAACUCCAAAUAUACAAUACUUAAAACUGUACCUGUGAGAAAGGUCAGAUCCAUGAACUGAAAUAAUGUCUAAAGAACAUUGGAUAAAAGCAUUGAAACCCUAUUUAAG